AUUGGUUAGGGGGCUUGGAAAAAAGAGACUCGGCGAGCCCUCGCUGUGGUGCUGCCGCCGCCGCCGCCGCCGCCGCUGGAGUUGACUCUUCUGCUCGCACUGCUGCUGCAGCACAAACGUGACUUCCAACAUUUUUUAUUUAUCUUUCCCUUUUCUUUUCCAAGAUGUAACUACGGAUCAGACACUAAGGACCUUCACGUUUCGCUGAUGUAGUUUUUGGAGGAAAAAGGGGGGGGAGUGAAGGGCGUCGGUUUUUUUUUUGUGUGUGUGUGUAUGUGUUUCGGGGGAAAUUUUCCAUUAUGAGUGUUUUACUAAAGUGAAUUUUUUUUUGUUUGCUUCGUUCGUCUUUGGCUCUUUUUUUUUCCUUCCCAAUUUCGGAUUUAUUUCAAGGCGAAUCUGGCUUUGGGGGAAGAGGAAGAAAAGUCGGAUUACAAGAUCAACCACCACCAACAACAAUAAAAACCACCAGGAUAUUUUUUUGCAAAUUUCUGACGGCUUUAAAUUCAUGAAGCAAUUGUCCCCUUUUGCAAUCAGCAUUUGGAUCUCAGAAUGAGCAAGGAAAGACCCAAGAGGAAUAUCAUUCAGAAGAAAUACGAUGACAGUGAUGGGAUUCCGUGGUCAGAAGAACGGGUGGUACGUAAAGUCCUUUAUUUGUCUCUGAAGGAGUUCAAGAAUGCCCAGAAGAGGCAGCAUGGGGAAGGCAUUGCUGGGAGCCUGAAAACUGUGAAUGGGCUCCUUGGUAAUGACCAAUCUAAGGGAUUAGGACCAGCAUCAGAACAGUCAGAGAAUGAAAAGGACGAUGCAUCCCAAGUGUCCUCCACUAGCAACGAUGUUAGUUCUUCAGAUUUUGAAGAAGGGCCGUCGAGGAAAAGGCCCAGGCUGCAAGCACAAAGGAAGUUUGCUCAAUCUCAGCCGAAUAGUCCCAGCACAACUCCAGUAAAGAUAGUGGAGCCAUUGCUACCCCCUCCAGCUACUCAGAUAUCAGACCUCUCUAAAAGGAAGCCUAAGACAGAAGAUUUUCUUACCUUUCUCUGCCUUCGAGGUUCUCCUGCGCUGCCCAACAGCAUGGUGUAUUUUGGAAGCUCUCAGGAUGAGGAGGAAGUCGAGGAGGAAGAUGAUGAGACAGAAGACGUCAAAACAGCCACCAACAAUGCUUCAUCUUCAUGCCAGUCGACCCCCAGGAAAGGAAAAACCCACAAACAUGUUCACAACGGGCAUGUUUUCAAUGGUUCCAGCAGGUCAACACGGGAGAAGGAACCUGUUCAAAAACACAAAAGCAAAGAGGCCACUCCCGCAAAGGAGAAGCACAGCGAUCACCGGGCUGACAGCCGCCGGGAGCAGGCUUCAGCUAACCACCCCGCAGCGGCCCCCUCCACGGGUUCCUCGGCCAAGGGGCUUGCUGCCAACCAUCACCACCCCCCUCUGCAUCGGUCGGCUCAGGACUUACGGAAACAGGUUUCUAAGGUAAACGGAGUCACUCGAAUGUCAUCUCUGGGUGCAGGUGCAACCAGUGCCAAAAAGAUGCGCGAAGUCAGACCUUCACCAUCCAAAACUGUGAAGUACACUGCCACGGUGACGAAGGGGGCUGUCACAUACACCAAAGCCAAGAGAGAACUGGUCAAGGACACCAAACCCAAUCACCACAAGCCCAGUUCCGCUGUCAACCACACAAUCUCAGGGAAAACUGAAAGUAGCAAUGCAAAAACCCGCAAACAGGUGCUAUCCCUCGGGGGGGCGUCCAAGUCCACCGGGCCCGCCGUCAAUGGCCUCAAGGUCAGUGGCAGGUUGAACCCAAAGUCAUGCACUAAGGAGGUGGGGGGGCGGCAGCUGCGGGAGGGCCUGCAGCUGCGGGAGGGGCUGCGGAACUCCAAGAGGAGACUGGAAGAGGCACACCAGGCGGAGAAGCCGCAGUCGCCCCCCAAGAAGAUGAAAGGGGCGGCUGGCCCCGCCGAAGGCCCUGGCAAGAAGGCCCCGGCCGAGAAAGGUCUGCUGAACGGACACGUGAAGAAGGAAGUGCCGGAGCGCAGUCUGGAGAGGAAUCGGCCGAAGCGGGCCACGGCCGGGAAGAGCACGCCAGGCAGACAAGCACAUGGCAAGGCGGACAGCGCCUCCUGUGAAAAUCGUUCUACCUCGCAACCGGAGUCCGUGCACAAGCCGCAGGACUCGGGCAAGGCCGAGAAGGGCGGCGGCAAGGCCGGGUGGGCGGCCAUGGACGAGAUCCCCGUCCUCAGGCCCUCCGCCAAGGAGUUCCACGAUCCGCUCAUCUACAUCGAGUCGGUCCGCGCUCAGGUGGAGAAGUUCGGGAUGUGCAGGGUGAUCCCCCCUCCGGACUGGCGGCCCGAGUGCAAGCUCAACGAUGAGAUGCGGUUUGUUACGCAGAUUCAGCACAUCCACAAGCUGGGCCGGCGCUGGGGCCCCAACGUGCAGCGGCUGGCCUGCAUCAAGAAGCACCUCAAAUCUCAGGGCAUCACCAUGGACGAGCUCCCGCUCAUAGGGGGCUGUGAGCUCGACCUGGCCUGCUUUUUCCGGCUGAUUAAUGAGAUGGGCGGCAUGCAGCAAGUGACUGACCUCAAAAAAUGGAACAAACUAGCAGACAUGCUGCGCAUCCCCAGAACUGCCCAGGACCGGCUGGCCAAGCUGCAGGAGGCGUACUGCCAGUACCUACUCUCCUAUGACUCCCUGUCCCCAGAGGAGCACCGGCGACUGGAGAAGGAGGUGCUGAUGGAGAAGGAGAUCCUGGAGAAGCGCAAGGGGCCGCUGGAAGGCCACACAGAGAACGACCACCACAAGUUCCACCCUCUGCCCCGCUUCGAGCCCAAGAAUGGGCUCAUCCACGGCGUGGCCCCCAGGAACGGCUUCCGCAGCAAGCUCAAGGAGGUGGGCCAGGCCCAGUUGAAGACUGGCCGGCGGCGACUCUUCGCUCAGGAAAAAGAAGUGGUCAAGGAAGAGGAGGAGGACAAAGGCGUCCUCAGUGACUUCCACAAGUGCAUCUAUAAGGGAAGGUCUGUUUCUCUAACAACUUUUUAUCGAACAGCGAGGAAUAUCAUGAGCAUGUGUUUCAGCAAGGAGCCUGCCCCAGCCGAAAUCGAGCAAGAGUACUGGAGGCUAGUGGAAGAGAAGGACUGCCAUGUGGCAGUGCACUGCGGCAAGGUGGACACCAACACUCACGGCAGCGGAUUCCCAGUAGGAAAAUCAGAACCCUUUUCGAGGCAUGGAUGGAACCUCACCGUCCUCCCCAAUAACACAGGGUCCAUCCUGCGUCACCUCGGUGCUGUGCCUGGAGUGACUAUUCCCUGGCUAAAUAUUGGCAUGGUCUUUUCUACCUCAUGCUGGUCUCGAGACCAAAAUCACCUUCCAUACAUUGACUACUUACACACUGGUGCUGACUGCAUUUGGUAUUGCAUUCCUGCUGAGGAGGAGAACAAGCUGGAAGACGUGGUCCACACCCUGCUGCAAGCCAAUGGCACCCCAGGGCUGCAGAUGCUGGAAAGCAACGUCAUGAUCUCCCCGGAGGUGCUGUGCAAAGAGGGGAUCAAGGUGCACAGGACCGUGCAGCAGAGUGGCCAGUUUGUCGUCUGCUUCCCGGGAUCCUUUGUGUCCAAAGUGUGCUGUGGGUACAGCGUGUCUGAAACCGUGCACUUUGCUACCACCCAGUGGACAAGUAUGGGCUUUGAGACCGCCAAGGAAAUGAAGCGUCGCCAUAUAGCUAAGCCAUUCUCCAUGGAGAAGUUACUCUACCAGAUUGCACAAGCAGAAGCAAAAAAAGAAAACGGCCCCACUCUCAGUACCAUCUCAGCCCUCCUGGAUGAGCUCAGGGAUACAGAGCUGCGGCAGCGCAGGCAGCUGUUCGAGGCUGGCCUCCACUCCUCCGCACGCUAUGGCAGCCACGACGGCAGCAGCACGGUGGCGGACGGGAAGAAAAAGCCUCGAAAGUGGCUGCAGUUGGAGACGUCAGAGAGGAGGUGUCAGAUCUGCCAGCACCUGUGCUACCUGUCCAUGGUGGUACAAGAGAACGAAAACGUCGUGUUCUGUCUGGAGUGUGCUCUGCGCCACGUGGAGAAACAGAAGUCCUGCCGAGGGCUGAAGUUGAUGUACCGCUACGAUGAGGAACAGAUUAUCAGUCUGGUCAAUCAGAUCUGCGGCAAAGUGUCUGGUAAAAAUGGCAGCAUUGAGAACUGUCUCAGUAAACCCACACCAAAAAGAGGUCCCCGCAAGAGAGCGACAGUGGACGUGCCCCCCUCCCGUCUGUCAGCCUCCAGUUCAUCCAAAAGUGCUUCGAGCUCAUCAUGAAGAUGCCAACGCCCGUGGUCGAUUUAUAUAUAUUUUUUUGUAAUUAUUAUAUUCUAGUUUGGAGUACUUGCUGUAGGAUUCAAGCUGUCUUUGCACUAGCUCUAAAGAAGAUUUUCUUCUGGUUUUAGAGAACUAAUUUUGUUUUAGCAUUAAACUGUUGAACUUUUUUUUGUACUUAGAAAACCUAGAUACUGCAGUCAGAUUUUGGAAACUGCCGUAUAGUCACUGUUUUAAAAACCCCGGAGGGGCUGUAUUAAUUUGUAUUGCCCCAUGGCUGACAAAAGCCUUUUUUUUUUGUUUUGAUUUUUUUUUUUUUUUUGUAACUGUUGGGGGGAAAAAGGCUUUUUAACCCAUUUUUGAAGAGGGUGAAGUUUGGAGAACAAAUUUAAAAACCAUCAGUCAUGUGAGCAGAUUUUUUAGAAGGGAUAGGAGACACACACGCGCACACACACACACACGAAACUUGAAAUGGCUUUGCUUUGGCUGUCGUCUUCUGCCGUGUGCCAGAUGAGCUUGUGAUCUGGGAAGCCGGGGCACCCCCGUUUUGUUUCUCUGGGCGGUUGUGGCAGCUGAAGGCCGACGUUGUUUCCUAACCAUAGGUGGAACGAGGAGACGGGAGCGAGUGGGCUCUCCACCAGCACAUCACUAUGCAUCUGUUCCAGGAAAGAAGAAAAGCGAGCGAGGAAGACGGAAAAGACUGCCUGUCUUGGAGGGGUCACAUGAGGGAGACCUGUGCCUGAUUUCAUUAGGAAAUCCAUUCUGUUAUUUUUUGGUGCUGUUGGCUACUUUAUCAAAAAACCCUUCAAUAGCAUCCUUAAGAUAAAAAAAAAAAAAAAAAAGGAAAAAAAGUGAUGGAAGCCGUAAGUGCUUCUUUGUCAUCGACGUGCAAUCUUUCUAACAUUCCAUCUCCAUCUCACCGCUUCUUGUUUGACACCUUCACAAGUCAGCAUUAAUCUUUCUUUUAAAAUUUGUUUCAUUUAUGAUCAUGUAGAGAGCCACUAGGAGGCCUGCAGUUAUUUUUGAAUGUGAAAAUGCAUUUGCGUUCAUCUUGUCUAUUUUUUCUCUUCAUGUUGUAACAAAAAGGAAAAAAGAAAAAAAAAUCCCAUCCCUUUUGUACAUAUGCCUGUAAAUUGUUUUAAAUACUUGAGCCUUUUUCUCGGUGGGGGGUGGGGAGGGGGGUGAGAAGACAAGAUGAAGAAAAGCCUUACAUUUCAGUUUCUUCAUCGGUUGGAUUGGAUGCUUACAGGGUUUUUCUUGUAACAUUUAUAAGUGCUGCUUACAUCACUGAACAACAACAAAAAAAUAAUAAUGGAGUAGCUGUUGCCCUUCUCCGGUUGUGUGUACAGUAUGUGUGGAAUAAAAAAGGGAAACUGUUUUCACAAGCUGUUCUUUGUUUCAUAAUUGGAUUCAUCAAUCCCGUAGCUACCCAUAUUGCACUGAGCUUGCCAGUGGUGACUGCCAGGAACGUCCUAUGAUCCACUUUGUUGGUUGUUGUUGCAGAAGACUGAACUGUUUUGGAAUAUUUAACAAUUACAGAAACAGUCAAGUGUUUUCCAAUGUGGUUGUCCGGUUUCUAUGGCCUUGCUGUGUACUUUCCCUCUUUUUGACAGUAAACUUCUGCCUAUGGCUUACAGUUUGACAUUUAAUUUAUUAGCGCUGCUCUGCACCCCUCCCUUGGGAGGGAGACUUCAUGUGGUUUAUUGCGAGUUUUUUGUUUACUUUUCAGGUUUGUACUACAAGGUUUAAUAAUAAAAACAAAGUUUUUUGGA